AUGGAGAAUGAAAGUAACCGACUGCAUAUUUUCUUUCUCCCAUUGGUGCUUCAAGGCCACAUGAUACCCAUGAUGGACAUGGCCAAAACCUUUGCAACUAGCGGUGCAAAAGUCACCAUUGCCACCACCCCAAUCUGUUCGACCCUUUUUUCCAGGCAAAUUGAAAGAGUCCAUCAGUUGGGUCUAGAUUUCAACAUCCAAACGGUCAAAUUAGGGUUGCCAGAAGGUUGGGAGAAUUUGGAUGCAGUCACUUGGAGCCAAAAUCAGGUGGAAUUGUUGGAUAGAUUCUGGAAGGCCCUGAGCCUGCUCCGGGAGCCGGUCUUGCAUAUCCUGGAAGAACAUAGACCGGAUUGUCUAAUAGCAGAUUUAUUCUUUCCAUGGGCUACCGAUGUUGCUGCUCAGUUGAAAAUUCCCAGGCUAGCCUUUGGAGGGACAAGUUUCUUUGCCAUGUGCACGAUGAGAGUCAUCGCACUAUAUCAACCACACAAGAGAGUUUCAUCUGAAUCGGAAACUUUCAUUGUGCCUCACCUCCCCGGAGAAAUAAAGCUGACAAGGACUCAGCUACCGGAAUAUUUAAGGCAAGAACUUGAUACCGAUUUUUCCAAUUUAGCAAAAGAAAUAGUCGAAUCAGAGCUAAAGGGCUACGGAAGCAUUUUCAACAGCUUUUACAAAUUGGAAAAGGAUUAUGCCGAUUAUUACAGGAAUGUCUUGGGAAGGAAGGCCUGGCAUAUCGGUCCUGUCUCACUCUGCAAUAGAGAUACUGUAGAUAAAGCACUGAGGGGUAUGGAAGCAUCCAUCAGCCAGCACGAAUGCUUAAAAUGGCUAGAUUCGAAAAAGCCCAACUCAGUUAUCUACGCAUGUUUCGGCAGCUUGACCAAAUUCAGUCCUCAACAGCUGGUAGAAUUGGCAAAGGGGCUUGAGGCAUCUCGACAAGAUUUCAUAUGGAUUGUGAGGAAAGAUAAAAAUGAAGAACAGGAUUGGUUACCCGAUGGUUUCGAAGAAAGAAUGGAUGGGAAGGGCCUAAUCAUAAGAGGGUGGGCGCCCCAAGUGUUGAUUCUCGAUCACGAGUCGGUCGGUGGAUUCAUGACUCACUGUGGAUGGAACUCGAUAAUGGAAGGAGUAUGUGCUGGUGUGCCAAUGGUCACGUGGCCGAUGUUUGCUGAGCAAUUCUAUAACGAAAAGCUGGUCACUCAAGUGCUACAGAUCGGGAUUGGCGUUGGAUCUAAACAGUACGCCGAUUUUGGAAUUGGUGCAGAUUUUGUAAGCAGAGAUGACAUUGAGGUGGCAGUGAGACGAAUUAUGGCUGGUGAAGAGGCAGAGGAAAUGAGAAGAAGGGCGAAAAAGCUUGGCGAAAUGGCCAGGAAGGCUGUUGGAGAAGGUGGAUCAUCUGACUCAGAUUUGACUUCGUUAAUCGAAGAACUCAGGCAGCACAAAGCUGCUCGCGAAUCAAGAUGA